ACUGGGGACACGACAAGGUCUCCUCCUAGAUUUCUGGCAGGCCUACUCCAAAACUUUAGUAUCAUGUUCGGUAAAUCUUUGACAACUGUCUUGCUGGGGUUCUUGGUGGGCUUCGUAGCCUCCCAGCAAGCGCAGGUCAUGGUGGAGCAAGGUGCUCUCUUUGGUGAGACCAAGACAUUCAUGGAAAAUGAGUUCAUCAACGUCACCAAGAACAUCAACGUCUUCAGGGGUGUGCCUUUUGCCGAGCCACCCGUUGGACCUCUGCGAUUCGCGGCCCCGAUGAUGAAGGCUGGUUGGGGUGAGGGCGUUUGGAACGCUACCUACUUCAGAGAUUCUUGCAUUCAGUACAAUACUGAUACAAGAUUUGAUCUUCCUACUAGUGAGGACUGUCUGUAUCUCAACAUCUACGCACCAAUGCCAGCACCAACAGAGGGCCUCCCUGUUAUGGUGUGGUUCCAUGGCGGUGGCUUCACAUCAGGCAGUGCCAAUCUGGCAAUUUUUAACGGCAUGCCAUUGGCUGCUGUGGGUGACGUCAUUAUCGUCACGGUCAACUCUCGUCUCGGCCUGUUUGGAUACAUGACUACAGAUGACGAGGUAGUACCUGGUAACAAUGGUGCCAAAGAUCAGGUUAUGGCUUUGAAAUGGGUCCAGGAAAACAUCGCAGCUUUCGGAGGUGACAGUAACCGGGUUACCAUCUUUGGUCAAGGAACUGGAGCAGAAGGAGUUAAUUUGAUGAUGCUCUCUGAGAUGGCUACAGGGCUAUUCAGUCAAGCUAUUAUGCAGAGCGGGGCUGCUUUCUGGCCCUGGGACACUCAACUUCUCAAGCCCAUCCUUCGAGGGGAAGCCUUUAGAGUUGGACAAGCACUUGGUUGCAUGAGCACAGAGAGCUCCUCUCUUGUUUCUUGUCUGCGCGAGGUCGAAGCCACUCAAUUGUUAGCCAAAGCCGUGGAGCUGCAAGUUCGAUCAAUAUACGUUGAUGACGGUGAAUUCCUGGAAGCCAAGCCAGCCGAGCUGUACGCCGCGGGGAAGUUCAACCCCGCCAAGGUUAUCAUGGGUACAAACGCUGACGAUGGCUCGAUUAUACUCCUGAGCGAACCCAUCAUAGCUGAAAAUUACUUCCUCUCUGAAACUCUCCCGUUCAUCAAUAGAGAAGACCUUGAGAAUGGUCUUAGAACACAGCUUAUAGAAUACACUGGAGUGUCCAAUCCGGAGCAUUUGAUAAACGCAAUCGAAGCCAUGUAUCUGGACUGGUCCCAAGCCGACAACGCAACCGCUGGUUUCGCCAGAUCAGCAAUGAAUUUCGACACAGACUUCUUAUUCGCCUGCCCGACCAACAAAGUGGCUCGCACCUACGCUGAAGCUGGUAAUGAUGUGUUUUUGUAUGAGAUGUCACACAAGCCAAGCGUCUCGAUCUACGACAACAUGGGCUACGGACCGGGUUGGUUGGGUGCCUCAUACGCCGAGGAAAUCAUGUACAUGUUCGGUGUACCUUUCGGCCCCGCUAGAACCCAUUUUACGGAACUCCAACAUGAGGAGAAGGAAUUUUCCGUCAAAAUGAUGGAGUUCUGGACCAACUUUGCCAAGAAUGGAAACCCCGGUGUAAAGAUGUCUGGCUUCCCACCUGUGUCAAGUGAUGACUACUGGCCGAAGCUGACCAUCCCAGGGUUGAUGUACAAGGACCUCAACUUGGUCUUGACUGUGGAUCGUGCCCUGAAGGCUAGAGAGUGCAACUUCAUGAACAAUUACUUGGUGCAGCUCCAGACAAUGUUUGGUGCCUUGCCUGAAGUUGAGCGUGAAUGGAAGCAGUCAUACAGCACCUGGAAGUACGAAGAUCUGGCUGACUGGAAGAAUGAGUUCAAUCAGUAUAAAGCGAUCAGAGGCAUGUAGAUCCUCGUUCCUCACGGGGACCGAAACACUGACCGGUCGAUCAUUGUGAGCCUUUUUGUUGGAGCAUUAACCCGUUUAGCAUUUUGAAUUUAAACUUUAACUUUAACUUAAACUUGGAAUAAUAACUUGAAAGAUAACAUGUUCUCCUCGAGUAGUAAAGUUACUGUGUAUAUCGACAGACCUAAAACAAAUUGCGAUUGGAAACACAAAAAACCCUCAACAAUUCUGCUUGUGAAUACAUGGUGCCAGACUGAAGAAGAUUUGUCCGUCCAAGGGUAGCAAAUUUUCUAAUAAUAACCUUUAUAAAGUGCGCCACCAGUAGUUUCCGAAUUGACUGCUCUGUCAUGCGCGGUGAACUGCCUUGAACUUGAAAUGGUUUGAGCAAGGUGUUAUACCUGAUGACAAGUUUAUAUUUUUUUUACAAUAAAAUGUAAAUCCACACUGUUUAAUCAUUUUUUUUAAAUCAAACUAUUAGCUAGAACUUUUUAGGAUUUUAUCCGCCUUCAAACGCUGACUUUACUUUGUAACAGUAUUUUGUAGAAGUUAAACGAAACCAAUGUGUUAUCUUCAGAAGAGGGCUGUGACUUGCUUGGAUGUCCCGUAUACUGCAAUUCUUAUAACUUCUUCUUAUAAACUUUUUGUAUAUUAUCAAGUUUGAUAGAAAAUGCAAUAAAUAAACAUAACC